AACGCCCUCAACGUUACCUCUGAAAAGAGCCUGACCCUGAGCGAGGCUACACUUUUUAAAGAUAAGUUCCGAAAGAGUUUUACUGAAAAUAUAGCGUAAUGCUGUUGGAAGAAAACGUUCAGACCAAUUCCACAGUACUCGGGAGAUUGCCAUGUCCAGUUACUGUUAAGAUAGAACCAGUUGGAAGAUGGUAUGAAGCAUUCUCACAGAGACGCCGCAAUCGGCUUACUUUAUCACACAAUGAGUCGAUUCAAUCUAGCAGCUCAUCAGACGAGGAGGAGGAAACCAUAUUUGAUGAGGAAGAUGACACUAUGCUCAAGACGCUCAAUCCAAAGGAGUGGAAGGACCAAGAUCACUAUGCAGUACUGGGACUUUCAAAGUUGAGAUACAGGGCCUCUGAAGAUGAUAUCAAGAAAGCAUAUAAACACAAGGUUUUAAAACAUCAUCCAGAUAAGAGGAAGAAAACUGGGCAUGUUGAGAAGGUCAGUGAAGAUGAUGACUAUUUUACCUGCAUUACAAAAGCUUAUGAUAUCCUUGGCAACCCAACCAAGAGAAAAUCCUAUGAUAGUAUUGAUCCCCAAUUUGAUAACGAAAUCCCAAGUGUCAAUGCAAAUUCAAAAGAAAAUUUCUAUGACGUAUUCCGAGAUGUUUUCAAGAAAAAUGCCAGAUGGUCUGUCAAAGCAAGAGUUCCAGCCUUAGGUGGUGAAAAUUCUAAUUUUGAUGAAGUCAACAACUUCUACAACUUUUGGUAUAAUUUUCAGUCCUGGAGAGAAUUUUCUUAUUUGGAUGAAGAAGAAAAAGAAAAGGGGGAAAACCGAGAAGAGAGAAGGUGGAUUGAGAAGCAGAAUAAAGUGGAACGUCAAAAACGAAAGAAAGAAGAAGUUGUUAGAAUAAGACAGCUUGUUGAUAAUGCAUAUGCAUGUGAUCCAAGGAUAAAGAAGUUUAAAGAAGACGAAAAAGAACGAAAGGCUGCGGAGAAGAAAGCCAAGCAAGAUGCAAUCAAAGCGGUCGAGAUUGAAAGGAAAAAGGAGAAAGAAGCAGCUAUGGAAGUUGAAAGGUUAGCCAAGGUGAAACAAGAAGCUGAAGACAAGGCCAAGGCUGAGGAAGCUAAGAAGGAGAGAGAGGCAUUAAAGAAAGCGAUGAGACACGAAAGAAAAACACUCCGAGACACGUGCAAGAAAUUCAACUAUUUUCUUAAUGAAGAUGGGGAUUUAGUGAAGAGAAUGGAAGCUGUCGAGAUGCUGUGUCAGAGGUUAAAUUUAGAAAGUUUACAAAAAUUAAAUGCUGGUAUGUCAACGGAAGAUGCUGCAAAGACUGUGUUUGAAGAUCAGCUGAAGGAAGUCACCAAUCAGAUUGAACAGGAGAGGGAGAAAGAACUAAAACGACAACAGGAGCUGUCCGGAGGCAAGGGGGCAACAGGAGUGGGAAGUGAUGGAGUAGCAUGGAACAAUGAGGACUUGCAACUCCUCAUCAAGGCUAAUAACCUAUUCCCUGCUGGCACGGUAUCUAGGUGGGAGGUAAUUGCUAAUUUUAUUAAUCAGCAUUCAACUUCCGGAGUCACAAGAAUUGCCAAAGAUGUUCUGAAAAAGGCAAAGAAUUUACAGAAAGUUGACAUGAAAAAGAUGGCAAACAAGAAUGCAUUUGAGAAGUUUGAACAGUCCGUGCCAAAGUCGAAGAAGUCUGAUAUCCCAAAUCCAUCUGAACGUCUAGAAGCUGAUAUUCCUAAGGCUUGGACUAGUGAGGAGCAGAAGAGUUUAGAACAAGCAUUGAAGUCGUACCCUAAGGAUUACCCUGAUCGUUGGGACAAGAUUGCUGAAGCCGUCCCAAACAGGACAAAGAAGGAAUGUAUGAAACGAUACAAGGAAAUUGUGGAAUUAAUCAAAGCCAAGAAAGCUGCCCAAGCACAAGUAAAGAAAUGAUUACAAAUCGCAAACUGCUUUUAGGUACUACCCUCAUGUGUAAGUGUAAAGUGCACCGCUGUGGUCUUGGAAAACAGCUGUUCAUGGCUCAUGGGAAACUACUUCAGUUGAUAUCUGGAAGUCUAGCUUUGAGGGGUCUUCAGUAUAAAACCUAACAUCGUAACAAAUUUUGAUUUGUUUGUUUUAAUAAUUGUUGUAUCACUGAAUUUCAACUAGCAGAUUAUGAUUGUUCUUUUCAGAUAAGUAUGAAACAAAUGUGUAGUAGAUCUUGAAUAUCUAUUACAGGCCUAUAAUAGUCUUCUGUAAUGUUCCAUAACAAAAGGAAAAUAUGAUAUUCUGUUGCUUACAGCUCAUCUUGAAUUUCAAUAUCAAUUACCCUAGGUCACACAUAUAAAACUUGCCAACUGAAAAUCAGCGUAAUGUCCCUAAUUUUUAAACUGAGUAAUAGACAGUAUUAGUCACCAAAAAUAAAGUCAUCGCGUUUUUGCCGAGUGGGUAUGAUUUUGUAAACAUUGGUCAAAAAGCUAAGCUAAUGCAUAGAGCAGAGACGAAAGUGGUGCAUAUUAAAUCGUCUAAAAUGUAAUGAAGUGUAGAAGACUCUUUUUAUAACAACGUAUACGUUUGAAUGAUUCAUCGAUUCAUGAGACUAAGAUUGAUUUGAUUUUAAUUUUCAUUCAGACUAAAAGUAUAAAGAGUUUUGAGUGGGUUUAUAGGGUGCCUAGGCCAAUCACUUGCAAGACUCGCCACAUCACACGCUGACUAAGGCGAUUUCUGUUGAUUUGGAGGUACACAUUCAGCUUCAAUACAGUCACCAAGUCAUUUUGUUGCAAUUUUUGUAUGAAAUAUUUAAACUAUUGGACAAACUAAAAUUGCUGAAUUAUAUAAUAUGAUCUGUCUUUUGACUACGAUGGCCAAUGAGUCAGAAGAACGUUGUUUGUAUGACUCUAGAGCUAGGCCUGUGUUGUUUGGUGACUAAUUCAGUCUACCAGCAAGAAUCUGGCACUAAUUGUAGACAACACUUUAAUACAGAGAGGCCGUAACACUUUUAUACUCAUAACUUUGCCAGUAGUAAGUCAAUUGCAGUAAAUUAGCUAUCAUGUUAAAGCUUAUAAUGCGCAGAAUAUAAAUAUAUUAAACGUAUAUUAUUUUGUUUCGGUCACUGAUGCAAGUUUUAGCAUGGUAAGCAGAUAAUGAUGUGUAUUUGUUUCAA